AUGGCGUCCACGAGCACUCAGAUAGUCUCUUCGUCUUCUUCUUCUUCAACACCUCCUUGGAGAUACGAUGUUUUUCUCAGUUUCUACGGUAAAGACACUCGCAAGAGUUUUACAGACCAUUUAUAUACGGCUUUGGUUCAAAAAGGCAUUAUCGUGUUUAGAGACGAUGAAAAGCUUGAGCAAGGAAAAACAAUUUCUAAGGAGCUCAUAAAAGCAAUACAAGAAUCCAUGUAUGCGAUUGUUGUUAUCUCUCCAAACUACGCUUCCUCUAGAUGGUGCCUCAUUGAACUUACCAAGAUCGUCGAAUGCAUGAAAUACUCGGGGCUGGAAGUUUUGCCUAUUUUCUACCACGUGGAUCCUUCCCACGUACGAAAAGAGAAGGGGACUUUUGCAAAAGCUUUUGGUAGGCAUAAAAAAGAAAAAGAUCCCAAGAUUGACAUCAAUGAGAUGCAAAUGUGGAGAGCUGCUUUGAGAGAAGUGGGCAAUAUCUCCGGAUGGCAUGUACAUGAUAGUACUCACGAAUCAAAAGUUGUUGAAGAAAUUAGUAGAACGAUAUUUAGAGGAUUGGUUAACUUCUCAAAUGUUUCCAAGGGUCUUGUUGGAAUAGAAUCCCGUGCGGAGGAAAUUAUGAGCAAACUUUGUAUAGGGUUGGAUGAUGUUCUCUUUUUGGGGAUUCAUGGGAUGGGUGGAAUUGGGAAGACAACCAUGUCAAAAUUCAUUUAUGAAAGGGUGUCUCAUCAAUUUGAAGCUAGUUGCUAUAUUGCUAAUAUUAGAGAAGAAACCAUAACUCAUGGUUUACUUUAUUUACAAAAACAACUUAUUUUUGAGAUCCUCAUGGAAAGAGAAAUAAAUAUAUGGAAUGACUAUGGGGCAAGCAGAGUGAUAAUGAGCAGACUACAAAGUAAAAAGGUUUUUAUUGUUCUUGACAAUGUGGAUGGAGAAGAACAACUAAACGCAUUAGUAGGGAGCCAUGAUUGGUUUGGUCGAGGAAGUAGGAUCCUUAUAACAAGUAGAGAUCAUCAUUUGCUAAAUAGAGUUGUGAAUGACACCUAUAAGGUAAAGAAGAUGAAUAAUAAUGAAGCUUUACAGCUCUUUAGUAGGAAAGCCUUCAAGAAAUCCCAUCCCGAAGAAAAUUAUGUGGAAUUGUCUAAGGAAGUUGUGAAUUACGCUCAAGGCCUUCCUUUAGCUCUUGAAGUUUUUGGUUCCUUCUUAUUUGGCAGAAACAUUGAUGAAUGGGAAAGUGCGAGGGAUUUCCUAAAAGAAAAUCCUAACGCAAAAAUUUUGGAUAAACUUAAAAUAAGUUUUGAUGGAUUGGAGCCUCUGGAGAAACAGAUGUUUUUAGAUAUUGCAUUCUUCUUCAAUGGAGCACAUAUGGGUAGCAUCAUACACAAACUAAAAGGUUUGGGUUACCAUCCGAACAUCAAUAUCAAAGUUCUUGUGGACAAAUCUCUUAUAACCAUCUCAAAGUUCGAAACAUUGAAGAUGCAUGAUUUGUUACAAAAAAUGGGUCAAAAAAUAGUUCAUGAUGAGUCUGCAGAGCCUGGCAAACGUAGUAGAUUAUAUCAUGAUAAGGAUGUCAUUGACGUAUUGAAAAAUGAUACUGGAACUGAUGCGGUUAAAGGUAUCGUCCUAAACUUACCUUUAAAGAAACCGGAGCAACUAAAGUUUGAAGCCUUCUCAAAGAUGAAAAAAUUGAAAUUGCUUCAGAUUCGCUGUCAUUACUUCUAUGCAUAUCAUGAUAAUUUAUGCACUAAUCUGGAAUGGCAUGGAGAUGCUUCGAAUUUCAUGCUAAGCAAUGAGUUAUGCGUUAUGGAAUGGUGGCAAUAUCCUUUAGAAUCCUUGCCGACCAAUUUCCAAUCAGACAAUCUUGUUGAGCUCAUAAUGCAUGAGAGCUGCAUCAAGCAACUAUGGGUUGGAGGGAAUAGUUUUGACAAAUUGAAACUCAUUGACCUAAGUAAGUCUCAAAACUUGAUCGAGACACCAAAUUUGAGCGGAGUCCCAAAUCUUGAGGAACUAAAGCUUUCAUAUUGUACAAAUCUGUCCAAGGUCCACCGAUCCAUUGGAUUUCUAAGACGGCUUAAAGGGUUGAAUCUAAUGAAUUGCAAACAUCUCAAGAGACUUCCAGACGAGAUGAUCAGCUUGGAAUCUCUUAAACGUCUUAAUCUUUCUGGCUGUUCAAGACUCAACAAAAUUUCAGAUAAUGUGGGUAAUAUGACAUCUUUGCAAUAUCUUUCUUUGAAUGAGACUGCCAUAAAAAAGAUACCACUAUCAUUUAAGAGGUUGUCGUCUCUUAAAAUUCUCGAUAUAUCUGAUUGCUCAAGACUAGAGAAAAUCCCAAAGAACUUGUUCAGUGGCAUGAAAUGUCUAAAGUGCCUUUAUGUAGGUGGAAGUGCUACAAGGGAAUUUCCGAUAGGUAGUGGACCAGAUCCCAUGAUAAGUCUUUUGCUCCCAAAUUCAUUCUCAUGUUUAAGCUCUUUAAUAGCACUAAGUUUGACUUAUUGCAAUCUAUCAGAUGGAGCGAUCCCCAAUGAUCUUAGUUGCUUAUCCUGCCUUUAUUAUUUAAAUUUGAGUGGGAACAAAUUUACAAGAAUACCAGAUAGUGUGGCUCAACUUUUAAAUCUUCAUCAGCUUGACUUGGAUGAUUGUAGUUGGCUUCAAGUAUUGCCGAAUCUUCCAUUGGGAUUAGAAGCCUUGAGUGUAGAAAAUUGUCCAUUGCUGGAGUCAUUUUAUAAUAAGCAAAUGGAGAUGUGGAGGAGUUCAAAUGAAAAAUUAAGGAGCAUUGAUUGCUCUGUUGUACAAGCUUAUUUUGAUUAUGAUGGAAAUCCCUUCAAAAUCCUCCAUCUGCAUCCGCGAAGUCAUUUAUGGAGUACAGAAAGUCACCAAGAUUUUUCUCCUAUAGCAUGCGGCCCUGCGUUGGUGGGAUCAGGAAUCCCAGAGUGGUUCAACAUUAAAAGCACUAAUUUGUUUGGAACAAUUCAAUUACAUUCAUAUUUGGGCUCAUAUACGCACUGGAAGGGGCUGUAUGCUUAA